AUGGGUCUUGUCUGUCAAGAACUGACUCAUGGCUACUCUUCGCGGUGGAAGGCCAAAACAAAGAGGUUUUGGAGGCGCUUGACAUAUUGCUUCAGGCGUCGCAAGAGCACAAUAGACUUGGAGACCUCCCUUACGCCCAAAUGGACCAUGAUGCACAGCUUCUUGGCAGUUAUGGGCGGCUUCGUCGUCGAAAUAAAGGAUCAACCCGCGAGCAAUGACAAGGCGGAGAUCCAGUCCUUCCUCCCUUGGAAGUCAAAUGGGGCAAGGCGCACACGGCUUACGUUGGUUCCGGAAGCCCUCAGCUUCUUCAAGGAGAAAGGACUAUACUCCCUGAUUCCCAAGCCAUCACUCGUGCACAUACAGGACAAGAGCAAAGGAAAUACCCUGGCCAAGGCACUGGUUUGCUUGCAAGGUAAGUGUACUGGUCUAGCAAUAAGUCUUCUAGAACUCAACACCUUCGGUCAUGCAGUGUGCACCUUGAUCAUAUACGGCUUGUGGUGGAGUAAGCCAUUAAGCAUUGACGAGCCGGAGAAAAUCCCAUUCGACCCCGAAGGUAUAACUGUGGAGGCAAAGCUUCUUGCAAGUAUGUGCACCAAGAUCAAGCUGGACAAUAAAGUGUCAGAAUCCGCUCACCUCCACAAAGAUGUGCAAAGUCUCGUGUUUCCUGUUGAGUCAAAAGGAAAUGAGGAGCUUGAGCACAGAAUCAACAUCAACCGAAAGGGGCCAGUCGAGAGGAAAUUCGGGAUGUUUGGUGCUCGGCGGACGGCUUUCGAAGAUCUCGUUUACACGCCUUUGGGCUACCAUUUCUCGGACAGGCACAAGACUUCUCGAGAGCCUCUUUUCCUGAAGGUGGAGAGAUCCGAAGACCUGUUAUACCUUGUGCAACUGACACCUCCUGGGGUCACGAAGCGAGUUGCUUCCGAUAUGAAGCAGGGUAACGAAUGGGAUAGUAUCGAACUACGAGGAGCUGGAUCCUUUGACAGGCCUAUCGAUGAUGCAAGCCCAGCUAGACGGUUGGAGGAGAUCGGUCGGCUAGUUCCUUAUGUCCAGGUUCUUCAUUCUGACGUCCGACGGUGGCAACUAUCCCUCCUCUAUCACGGCUUCGACACUGUCCCUUCUAACCUCCUGAAGGAUCGAAUUGGGAACUUCCCUCGGUUUGGAGAACCCGGCACACGCUUCGGGUUUUGUUUGGGCUUCAGCAUCUUUGGGCUCAUCUACGGCGGUCUCCAUUGCGUUGCCUGGAAUGCACCUUUCUUCACGGAGAUUGAGAAGACGCUGUGGAGGGUGUCCAGCCUAACCAUAACGGCCACUAUCAUUCCAGUCUUCCUCGUCGCCUCGUGGAUCUUGUUUCCCCCGUUCUGGCAGGAUCCGUUUGGGAGAAUCACCGAGAUACACACCGUCCUGCAAAACAUCCAAGCGAAUGUCAAGCCUGAGGACUGGAUUUCCGUAUUGAUAUCAUGGGUCAUGUGGAUUAUCCCCAUACGCAAGAUUGUCCGACUGUUGCCACAGCCGUGGGAAGGCUUCGACCAAGAUAUGAUCAAGGGGCUGGCACAUGUCGCAUACAUUAUGCUUCUCAUACUGUUCUUUGUUUACAAGGUCAUCUUCGACACCACUGUCAUAUUGCUUCUCGUCUUCUACACCUUAACACGGCUUUACUUGGUGGUGGUUUGCUUCGUCAACCUUGCUCAUCUUCCGGACUCUGCAUACCUGGUACCUAACUGGUCCCGGUAUGUACCUCAUAUCGGCUAA